UGCCAUCUCUGAUCAAAAUUCUAAUUAAGUAGUAGCAUGAGUAUUCUCUUGUUCUAUCCUUUGCUUCUACUAGGGGGUGAAGUUGAGUUUCACUUUGAGUAGAGAAGAAGGGGUAGGUGAAGAGACUAUAAGAAGAGGAGAUCAGAUGUUAUGUUACCCUAGAGCUAGAGAGAGGGAUCAGUACCAAAAACUAGAGCCAACAACAAAAAGGGCAAUCAUUUUCCUUUUAUUUUUGAUUUCAUUUUCUCAUUCCUUCAUCGUCCUGGUCAUGGCUUCAUCAAACAGACACUGGCCUAGCAUGUUCAAGUCGAAGCCCUGCAACCACCACCAAUGGCAGCAUGACAUCAACUCUUCUCUCAUGUCAACCCCUGCUUGCCACAGGGCUCCUUACACAUCAGUUCCUGGAUGUGAAGAGAGGAGUCCUGAGCCGAAGCCGAGGUGGAAUCCAAAACCAGAGCAAAUUAGGAUCCUGGAAGCCAUAUUCAACUCCGGCAUGGUUAACCCUCCUAGGGAUGAGAUAAGGAAAAUCCGAGCUCAAUUACAAGAGUACGGCCAAGUCGGUGACGCCAAUGUUUUUUAUUGGUUCCAGAAUAGGAAAUCCAGAAGCAAACACAAGCUGCGUCAUCUUCAGAACUCCAAACAACAAACCUCUCAGAUUCAGCCGCAAGCUCCAGCGGUCACCACUUUUACUGCACCUCUAUUGGAGAAUUCAUCAUCUUCAAAAGUGUCUACUAACAAAACUCCCUCUGCCGCGAUGAGUUCUCCCAAUAUCAUCAUUGAUGCUUCCGGUUCUCCAACUGCUUCUGUAAACCAGACCUUUUUCCAAACCCCUAAUGAGUUUUUGGCUACUGAACCUUUCUUCUUUCCUGUCCAACAUGGAGGAGGAGGAGGAGCUGGUUAUGCCCAAGGGUUUGGGUUUUCAGAACUAUCCAAUGUUGUCCACGCUCCUGAUCAAUCAAUCGGACCCUGCACUAGUCUUCUGCUGAGCGAGAUAAUUGCUUCAAAGAAAGAGCAUGAUGAUCAAGAGAAAAUGAAGAUGCAACUUCAGCUCAGUUGCACCGUAACCACCGCUCCUCCGCUUUCUGCUACUAGGUCUAAUGUUUCCAAUAUUCCACCAGUCAUCAACCACGUUCAAGGUGUUGGGGAGGGGCCAAGCAGUAGUGCGGCAAGAUCGACAGUGUUCAUCAACGAUGUGGCAUUCGAGGUGGCGGCCGGGCCGUUCAACAUUCGGGAGGCGUUUGGGGACGAUGCGGUGCUGAUCAACUCGUCCGGUCAGCCAGUUCUGACCAACGAGUGGGGCGUGACGGUGCAGUCUCUUGAACACGGUGCAUUUUACUAUCUGGUGCGCGCGCUAAGCCCAUCAGCCUCCUUCUCCGCGUAAUAAAGAUUUAGAAAUGUGUGGGAGUAGAUGAUCCAGAUUGAACCAGAAGCGAUGACUUUGGUUCCAUUCCUCUGCUUGAUCUUGUCUCCUCUGUUCUUUCUUUAAUUAGGGUUUGCAUUAGGUUCUGAGUUAGUCCAAUUAUAUAUAUGGUUUAUGCCUGUAUGAAAGUGUGCUGAAUUAAUAGUACUUCUGAAAACUUGUGUACCACCGCUACCUUUCUUUUCUGUUACUAUAAAGGAUAUAAAUGUGAGAAUAACAG